AUUCUCGCGAGAAAGUGAGGCUGAGGCGACUGUUCGCACCGAGUGGAGGAAGAGGAGGAGGUGCAGUCCCACAAUACCCGGCGGAGGGCGGGUGGGUGGUCAGCGUCUGGGCUGCGCGGCGCUCCGGUUCCCGGUGGACCCAGCUGCCUCUGUCUCUAACGCGCGAGGAAGCGAUGCGGAGGGGUGGAAAAUGGCAGAGCUGCAGAUGUUACUAGAGGAGGAGAUCCCGUCCGGCAAGAGGGCGCUGAUUGAGAGUUACCAGAACCUGACCCGGGUGGCGGACUACUGUGAGAACAACUACAUACAGACUGUGGAUAUUCAUAAAGAAAAAGUGGCUCGAAGAGAGAUUGGUAUUUUGACAACAAAUAAGAAUACAUCAAGAACUCACAAAAUAAUAGCACCUGCAAAUAUGGAGCGCCCUGUCAGGUAUAUUCGGAAGCCUAUUGACUACACAGUUUUGGAUGAUGUGGGCCAUGGAGUUAAGUGGCUAAAAGCCAAGCACGGAAAUAACCAGCCUGCACGAACUGGCACAUUGUCGAGAACAAACCCUCCCACGCAGAAACCACCAAGCCCUCCUGUGUCAGGCCGGGGAACUUUGGGACGGAAUACCCCUUACAAAACCCUAGAGCCUGUGAAGCCUCCAACAGUUCCUAAUGACUACAUGACUAGUCCUGCGAGGCUUGGAAGCCAGCACAGUCCAGGCAGGACGGCUUCUUUAAAUCAGAGACCAAGGACGCAUAGUGGAAGUAGUGGAGGAAGUGGAAGUCGAGAAAACAGUGGAAGCAGUAGUAUUGGCAUUCCCAUUGCUGUGCCUACACCAUCACCUCCCACUGCGGGCCCAGCAGCCCCUGGCGCAGCUCCUGGUUCCCAGUAUGGCACAAUGACCAGGCAGAUUUCUCGACACAACUCUACCACUUCUUCGACAUCUUCUGGUGGAUAUAGACGAACUCCCUCUGUGACUGCCCAGUUCUCUGCUCAGCCUCAUGUUAAUGGAGGUCCACUUUAUUCUCAAAAUUCAAUUUCUAUUGCCCCACCUCCUCCCCCUAUGCCUCAGUUGACUCCACAGAUUCCUCUCACAGGCUUCGUGGCCAGGGUGCAGGAAAACAUUGCUGACAGCCCAACUCCACCACCUCCUCCUCCACCAGAUGACAUUCCCAUGUUCGAUGACUCGCCACCUCCUCCGCCACCUCCUCCGGUGGACUACGAAGAUGAGGAAGCUGCAGUAGUUCAAUACAGUGACCCAUAUGCAGAUGGGGAUCCUGCAUGGGCUCCCAAGAACUACAUUGAGAAAGUUGUUGCAAUAUAUGAUUAUACAAAAGACAAGGAUGAUGAGCUGUCCUUUAAAGAGGGUGCAAUCAUCUAUGUCAUAAAGAAGAAUGAUGAUGGCUGGUUUGAAGGAGUUUGCAAUCGAGUGACUGGACUCUUCCCUGGGAACUAUGUUGAAUCAAUCAUGCACUAUACUGAUUAGUGUUUUUUCUUUUAUUUCUUUUGCUUUCUUUUCAUGUAGGUUAUUACUCCAUUGUACUGUGGGACUGUAUGGUUAACAGAAUUGUUUUAAUGUUUAAAAUGUGCCCAUAUUUUCAGGACAUGUUUUACCGGUAUAUUUGGGUGUCUACCUGUAAGCAUAAAUUUUGGAAGCAGUUCAAAUAUUGCUGAACAGCAAUUCAUACCGGAGACUGCCUGUAAUUGAUUAUGCGUAUGUACUCACAUAUUGAUAGUUUGUGACCAGCCUAAAUAUUCUGGGAAUGUGGAUUAUUCUGUUUAACAAAUCAUGGUUCAGUAUGCACCAUUACAUGUUUCAGUGCAGCGUGGUCACUAACAUGUCCGACUAAUAGGAAAAUCAGAGAAGUUCAGUGCUGGUGCUGGUCAGACUUUUGGUUUCAAUUCUCAUUUAAAAAAAAUACUGUGUUUAAAGCAUGCAUAAAAUUUUAUGUAUUGAAAUAUACUUAACAAUUCAAGAUGCUUCCAAUUUGUGUAACACUUAUCUGGAGUACUCAUACUUGAGUCUCUUAAGUUCUCCAUGAAAUGAAAGAUUAUCUGUAAUGUUGUAAUUUGUAUCUAAGUUUUUUAAUGGGUAAAAUUUGCAUUAUAAAUUUUUCCAUUCAUAAAUAUAUAAGUGAACCAAAGGA